CCUCCAGAGCCGGCGCCGUCAAUUGGUGCUCGUGGUGAUAAACAGUCCAUCUCCGUCCCUACUCCGGCAGCAUCUCCACGCGCAUCUUGCUAAACAACAAAAAAGCACAACAACAGUGAGAAAAAUAAGACGCCUCCGGUCAUGAUCAACAUAUUUGCAGGUUUUCGGGCCGGACGGUCAGGCGCGAAUUGCAGUCCAGCGCUAGGAAAAUUUCUGUCAACCAGCAGCGUGCCCGAAAUGCCUCCCUGCGAUCACCAGCCGCGACCAUACGAAGGUCCCGACUACACCAAAGUGCAGUCAAUCAAGAAGCAAAACAUCGUGCCGUGCAUCCUUUCCUACUACAAGAAGCCUUUGCUGGUGCACGAGGGUCACAUGCAGUGGCUCUUCGACCACAACGGCAAAAGAUAUCUGGACAUGUUUGGUGGCAUCGUCACGGUCAGCGUCGGACACUGCCAUCCGAAAGUGAACGAGGCUGCGAUGGAGCAAAUGAAGCGGCUGUGGCACACAACCAACAUUUACAUGCAUCCCAAAUUGCACGAGUACGCCGAGGCGCUGACGUCGAAAAUGCCCGGAGAAUUAAAAGUCGUCUAUUUCGUGAACAGCGGGUCAGAGGCCAACGACCUGGCCAUGCUGAUGGCCCGAGCGUACACGCGCAACUUUGACGUUAUUUCUCUGCGAAACGCCUACCAUGGGAUGAAUCCGUACAUUCAGGGCGCCACGGCCCUUUCCACCUGGAGGUACAAUGUGCCCAUCGGAAACGGAAUUCAUCACGCCAUGAACGCAGACGUUUAUCAAGGAAUCUGGGGAGGCUCUCACUGCAGAGAUUCUCCGGUUCAAACUAGCAGGAAGUGUUCUUGCAAACCCGACGAAUGUCAAGCUUGUGAUAUGUACUAUGGGCAGCUAGAGGAGGUUUUCAAAUUUUCCCUGCCCAGAGGAAAAGUAGCAGCGUUUUUCGCCGAGUCAAUUCAGGGCGUCGGAGGAACGGUUCAGUUCCCAAAAGGCUACAUCAAGAAGGCUUUCGAGAUCGUCCGAGCAAACGGCGGCUUGUGCGUUUCAGACGAGGUGCAAACUGGUUUCGGUCGCACGGGAGAAACGUUUUGGGGCUUUGAAUCUCACGGCGUCGUGCCUGACAUUGUGACCAUGGCCAAGGGCAUCGGCAAUGGGUUCCCCUUGGCCGCCGUCGUCACAACGUCCACGAUCGCCGAGGCUCUGGGACAGGCGCUCCAUUUCAACACUUUCGGGGGAAAUCCGAUCGCCAGCGCCACGGGAUUAGCAGUUUUAAAGGUGAUUGAAGAGGAGAAAACCCAGGCCAACAGUUUAGCGGUCGGAACUCAUUUGCUGAAGCGACUCGCGAAAAUCAGGGACCAAUUCCCGAACAUCGUGGGCGACGUUCGCGGAAAGGGUUUGAUGAUCGGCGUCGAGCUCGUUGCGGACGGCGAGUCUCGCACCCCGAUGCAGUCGCCGCACUUCCUCGACAUUUGGGAGGAGUGCAAGGACAGGGGCGUCCUGCUCGGACGGGGCGGACUGCACGGAAACGUGUUGAGAAUCAAACCACCCAUGUGCAUUACUAAGCAGGACGCCGAUUACGCGGCCGAUAUUCUGCAUUUGGCAAUCACACGCUUUGCCGAGCGCGUCUUGAAAAAAUAAACAAAUUAAUUAAAAGUGCCAACGCCAGUUUCUUGUGUUCUUUGUUUAAUUGCGAAAUUUAUAAUCAACUUAAUUGUCAAUGCAAGUGGCGUGCUCAGGAUUUAAACUCUCUAAAGAAAUCACAAAUCAAAAUAGACCUGCGAAUGAAUGUGGGAAAAUAAUACUCUUCCUAUCUUGUACAAAUAAUUUUUUGUUCCAAACAAAUAUUAAAUAAAGAAAUUAUUUGAGAAAAAAAAAGAU